AUGUCUAAAGUACUAAUAAAUUCUAUUUUGGUAGUGAUUUUAUUCUUUACUAUUUUUCUCAAUUAUGAUAAUACAUUUAACUUCAAUAAUUUAUUAACUUAUUCAUUAAUUGAGCUUAAUAAAAAUCCAAAAUUAGAAGGUACUACAGAACAACAUAAAAGUGGACAAGAUAGUUCUAAUGGACAUGGACAAGAUAGUUCUAAUGGACAUGGACAAGAUAGUUCUAAUGGACAUGAAGAAGAUAGUUCUAAUGGGCAUGAAGAAGAUAGUUCUAAUGGAUAUAGAAGUAGCUAUAUUUGUAAUCAAAGACAGUUAUAUCAAAGAAUUAAAGAAGAAUAUGAAAAGAAUUGUCGUGGUCAUAGGAGACAUUCAAGAAGAUGUAAACUAUUAUUAACUAAGUUACUCACUCUUGAAGAACGAAUUAUUGCACUAUAA